AUGCGUUUCUCUAUCACGGCUAUUAUAGCUAUGGCAGCUGCUGGCGCCAUUGCCACUCAGGAUGACCACUUCCAGGCUAAGAUAUGCCCACAUCUUGACACCCAAGACCACGGCUGUAUUCGCUAUACCCGGGGCUUUGAUGUGACUGGGGUCCUUACAACCGUGGAGCUGCCAGAUAUAAAAUAUGCAUGCGAUUGUGUUCAAGCCUGCUUGGAUAGGCCAGAUACUUGCGCUUCAUAUGUAUGGAAAUUCGAUGAGCCAACAGCCAACCGCCGCACCUGCACGCUGUAUUCCAACUUCAACCUUCCAUCUGGCGUCGAUGUCCUUUACAACCCCACUGAAGUACCAGGUGUUAACCAGGGCCUGAAUCCGAUCUCCGACAACCCUCAAAUCGGUGGCCGCGUCCCGAAAGCUACAAAGAACAACGGCACUGAGUUCGACGAUGAAGCGAUUUCUGGGCCUGUCUGGCAACUAGAAGGUGGCAAAGUCCAAUGUUAA